AUGACCGAACGAAGCCGCGACAAGGCAGACCCCACACCGCGAAAACGAGCGCUCGUCAGCUGCGACCGAUGCAAACUCCGAAGAGCACGAUGUAUUCGCGACAACCCAGACGAGCCAUGUGCAGACUGCAGGACGAAUGCGGUGGUGUGCGAGUCGAAACUUCCACGGAAGCAACGCGUUUAUGGGAGUGUUGAGACCCUGAGUCUACGAUACAGAGCUCUUGAAUCGCUAGUGAAAGGGCUCUUUCCUCAAGAAAACGUUCAAGAUGUGAGCGUACUGUUCAAACUGGCAGCAGAUAGGAGUAUUCCCAUGCCAGCAAACGAUGACUUCAGACCCGCCGACAUCUUCCACAAUCCAACCCAACAGCGGCCAUCGCAAAUACCACAACAGCAUUUGCCAACACCGCACACAGGGCAUCUCACACUCUCGCCCCAGACAGCAAAGUCGUCACAGUCUGCUGGUCCCACAUCUUCCUUAUCCUCAACGAAAGACAGCCAGCACAACCCCUUCUCUGAGGUGCAACAAGCGAAGCACAACAAUGAGGAGCUGAUCCCAACAAGAUCUGGAGUGCCACACUACUUUGGGCCUUCCAGCAGCUUCCGCCUUGCCACAACGAUCAGAGGGCUAGUGGCACGCUGCAAGGCCACUGGUGGAGACUUCCCAACAGUCCGAGCAUCCGGCUUUUCCAAUUCCAAUCUAGCAAGAAGAGCAUCGCAGGCAUCUUAUCAGCGGACUAGUACGAAUCCGUCAGACGAGGAGUAUACGGUUGGAGGAUCUGAGGGCAGAUAUUCUCCAUCCCAGCACCGCAAGGGGCUCAAACGAUCGAGAACGCAGAUGGAAGGAACGAAUGACUCGUGGGAACAUCCAAAUGAACCCAAUGUAGACACCAUUGGAGACCUUCUGCCUUCCAGGUCCCUGGCGGAUGCGCUCAUCUCGGCGUAUUUUGACCAUUUCCACGUCUACCUCCCUCUUUUUCACAGGAGCAUGUUCCAGUUCCGGUUGGAAGCGACGUAUUCGAGGAGAUCCGAGUUGUUGAAGGAUUGCUCGGACACGGGCUGGCUUAUCUGUCUGUGUCUGGUCUUCUCAUUUGGAUGCCAGCAACUUCAGGACCAUGAUCCCAAGCAGGCCCACAAGCUGCGGCUGAAGUACCUCAGCUUCGUCAAAACCUACUUUCGAUGCCUCCUCAUGGCAACGUCGAUUCUCAACGUACAGGCACUGGUAUUACUCAACGUCCAUCAUCAUACCAUUGGCCAGAAAAGCAGCUCGUGGCUGCUCAUCGGAAUGGCUGCCCGCAUGGCAAUCACCAUGGGUAUGCACCGAGAUGCUACGAACCUGGAGUUCGACCCAAUUGAGCGCAACACCCGCAGGCAGGUCUGGUGGUCCAUCUACAGUUUCGAGCGGAUACUGUGCAGUAUUCUCGGCCGGUCGACAGUCAUUGAUGACAGAGAAAUGUCGAUGAAGAUCCCAGAUGCACCCAUGCUCGAGCAGAAGAGCAUGUCUGCCGAGUUUAUGACUUACGCUUUCGAGAUCGUCCGCUUGUCGUAUACGAUACGGCAAAGAGCAUACUUCGACUACAAUACUGCGGAGGAGAGAACGCCGUCGCUGGCUAUGGCAGAGUCUCUUAUGCGUGAAUGCAGCCGCUUUUUUGCUACGAUCCCAGCAAGUCUGUCGUUAGACUACUUACCCACACUACCUCCUGAACAAAAGGCGAGGAUUCUUUUGCUGCACAUAUACUACUUCUAUACGCGAUGUAUUGUUUCGCGGGACUUCCUCAUCCAGAAAGUGGAGAGGAACAUCGCCUAUCUCGAGGGAAAGCCCCUGACUGAUUCAGAAGAUGUUUCAAGAAUGCUCUCGCUAAGCGAAGACUGCGUAGAGUCAGCUCAUCAGAGUAUACGACUCAUUAUGGAGGGCGCUCAUCUUGGAAUUCUUGGUCACUCAUGGCUGGACCUGUUCUUCGUCUUUCACUCAGUUAUGAUUGUGUGCGCCGACUUCCUCGCUCGUCCGAGAAACCAUCGGCACACGGCGAAAGAUGUUGAGCGCAAAGAAAUGGUGCGUAUCAUGCUGAACCACACUCGCGAAAUGAAACUGGCCGCCACAUACAAGAUUCUCGGCAAGAUCGCAAUGCAGUUUGCAAGUAUAACAGGCGUUGCUGAAGCAUACGGGAUAGAUCGCGAAUCUUCGGGGCAAACAGUGACAGGUCUUGAACACCAAGCAGCCCAGGGACUUGAUGAGGUAUCGCAAAGCAUGACUGAAAUCUCAGACAUCCAGGAAGACUGGUUCGCAAACGCAACCACAAAUUUAGGUCUGGAUUUUUCACACUUGAACGAGGGUCCAGACACGCUACCGCUGCAUGCAGACCCUUCGACAUACCCUGAGCUGUACGGUACGCAGCCAAAUGCGAGCGCGGUCGAUGAUUGGACAGCACGCACGUGGCAAGAGAUGCCUUCGCUUCCGUGA